CUCGGGCACCCCGCGAGAUUAAUAAGCCCCGCAUCGAACGGCUUCUACCAGCAUUCUGCAGGUCCCAUCGAUCCAGUCAUAUCGAGGCUUUCAGGUACAAAGUCACUCGUGUGUAUCAUAACUUCACCGUAUUAAAUAUGGCAGCUAAGACUAUCAUUAUUACUGGUGCAUCUCGAGGUAUCGGUCUUGCCAUUGCCAAGUACCUCCUCACAGCACCCCAGGCACACAAUGUCGUCGUGGUGGCCCGCAGCGUCGAGCCUCUCCAGAAACUUAAGGAGCAGUACAGCAAGCAGGUUGAGGUGGUCAACGGUGACCUGGCUGACUUCUCUCUCGCUCAAAAGGCAGUUGAUGCCGCUAUCAAAUCCUUCGGCCAGCUUGAUGGAGUGGUGCUGAACCACGGCAUCCUGGGCCAGGUCGGCAAGAUUGCUGCCGCCGAUGUUGACCAGUGGAAGAAAGACUUUGAUGUCAACUUUUUCAGUCUGGUUGCUUUCACCAAAGCAGCCCUCCCUGCUCUUCGCGAGUCCAAGGGCAAGAUUAUCUUCACCUCCUCUGGUGCCGCAGUAUCCGGCUACCGUGGCUGGGGUCUCUACGGAGCCACCAAGGCCGCAAUGAACCACUUCGCCAUGAGCUUGGGCAAUGAGGAGCCCGACGUCACCUCUAUAGCCAUUCGGCCCGGCAUGGUCGACACCGAAAUGCAGCGGGAGCUGCGCGAGGACCACGCCACAAACCUCGAUGCCGAAAUGCACUCCAAAUUUGCAGGUGCCCACAAGGACGGCAAACUCGUCAAGCCCGAGCAGCCGGGUCAUGUUAUGGCCAAGUUGGUGCUUGACGCACCCAAGGACCUUAGCGGCCGGUUCUUCUCGUAUGUUAUACAGCUCUACGAAAACUCAGAUGGUGCUAACGCUACGCAGGUGGAACGACAAGGAGCUCGAUGCUUUCCAGGAAUAAAUUUGAAUUGUUCAUUUCUUAAGAUUAAAUUCAAAUUAUGUGGUUUAAAGACCUGUAAAGCAAUCAGUAUUGAAUGCCAUAAAAGAGCCAUGGGUGCAAAGUCAAGGGCAGAUGAAAUGUAAUCAGCCGAAAGAUGAAAAGCAAGUACAUUUUAUAAGCAUCAGGUGCAGAACACCUUCAUACUUAGCAUGGAAUGUAGGAUGAUCAUCAUACAAAGAGAGUGUAUAUUGAGAGAGAAUAAUGUGAUUCGUACCUAUCGGAUAUGCUCGAGAAAAUAUGAUUUGGUUCCAAUGUCGAAAAAUGCUAAGCGACAACCCAAGAUCGUUUUUUCCAUCCCACGAAAGAUGCAAUUUGAAAUUUCCUAGAAGUCUUGAAGAAGUCAGUGGGAGAUUCUUCAUUAUGCAGUCAUGUACAGAAGCAGUAAUGGGAGCAAAGAUCAGUUCGUCCGUUUGGCUAGGACAGUGUAAUCACCACGGUUUGGUAUGAUAGGGGCGACAACGUUGUUCAUCAUAGAAAAUGGCAAGGGGGCAUUGAGAGAGGAAUGGAAGCUUACCAUUAGUGACCAGCCUCAAGAGUGAAUUCACAUUAAAAUCCACUCUUGAGGG